CAGAAACCGAAAAGUUGGCGCGGGCUCACUAUGGCAUUGAAUGAACGUGAAUUUUGUCUCAGUAAGCGCGCAAACUUGAACUGGCAAGUGACUACACUGUAAUUUCAUAGCCUACUGCUAUUGCGGGUACAAGCCGAGUAAAUUAAAAGAAAAAACAAAUUUAAUUUGGUUCCGGUGUUAGUGAAUUUAUAUUUAUUAAGUGAACUGAGUUGCAAGAGUUGUUUAGGGAUUUAAUUAGUUUCUUAAAAGUUAUAAUUCAAUUAAGGAUUGUGAUAAUGUCAAAAAUGUCUAUCGGCGAAUCAAAAUGAACUUAACAUCAUACAACAAAAGCGAUGGAGAACUCGAGAAUUUGGAAAACUUUGUCCCUGGAAGGGACGAAGCCCUUGCUAAGAUUGAAAUUACUAUUUCCACUUUGAUUUUUAUAAUUACUGUUAUUGGAAACAGCAUUGUAAUUUUAGCACUUUGGGCAAGAAGAAGAUGUGCCGGAAGGAAAAAACUAUCCCGAAUGUAUUUCUUUAUUCUACACCUGAGUAUUGCAGACUUAAUCACCGCUUUCCUGAGCGUUUUACCUCAAUUAGCCUGGGAUAUUACCUAUAGAUUUUAUGGGGGCUAUUUCUUGUGCAAGAUGGUUAAGUUUUGCCAAACUUUGGGUCCUUAUUUAAGCUCGUACGUCCUUAUGGCAACAGCCAUUGAUAGACACCAGGCCAUUUGUUAUCCUUUAACCUAUUGCUCGUGGACUUCGAGAAGGUCCAAGGUCAUGGUACACAUUGCUUGGGUCAGCAGUUUGGCUUUUUGCAUACCACAGCUCACCAUUUUUUCUUUCCAAGAAGUUGAUCCAGGAGUAUACGAUUGCUGGGCAACAUUUCAAGAGCCUUGGGGUCAAAAAGCCUAUGUCGUAUGGUACUGCGUGUCAAUUUUCAUCGUCCCUCUUAUAGUCCUAGUCUACACUUACACCAGUAUUUGCAAAGAGAUCUGGCACAGUUCGGAGUUCGGUUUGCGGCCGAAAAACUCCCAUUACGACAGGACCGGCAAGAAAAUGCCUUUGAUAUCAAGAGCGAAAAUCAACACCAUCAAGCAGACCAUCGCCGUCAUAUUCAUGUACAUUGCGUGCUCUUCACCCUUCAUGUUUACUCAGCUCUGGGCCAUCGCCGAUCCAAAGAAUUCAUUUUUUGAAGGACCCAUUUUCACAAUUGUUUCUCUUUUGUAUAGCCUUAAUAGCUGUGUGAAUCCAUGGAUUUACUUGGCAUUCAACAGAGAAUUGCCCAAAUAUCUUUUAAGGCAUUAUUUUGCCUCCAAUAAGAAGUACAAAUCAACAGCUUUGGGCAACCACAGUGCAAGCAACUCUUCCGGCGAGGUUCAAACAACUUCGCUAAGAACUUUCUCAAGGUAUUCAAGAACCAACAGCCGAAACAAAUUUUCCAAUAAAGUGGUGAAUCAGGGAUACACUUCAAAGUUCGACACCAAAGAAUGGAUCGUGGCCACUGCCACCUAAUAUUUGGGUGAUGGUUGCCUAUCUUCUUCUAUUUAAGACUUGUUUACUUAAUUGUAUCAAUUAAAUUAUUAUUAUAUUAUUUAAUUGAAAAUGAAC